AUGUCUGCUUCACCUACUGCACGUCAAGCCAUAGCCAUGACUAAGACCAAGAAGAUAAUUGUCUCGGAUCCCAUGCAAAUGCCUGAGGUGUACUCAUCAACGCCCGGUGGUACUAUCUACUCCACAACACCUGGCGGCACCAAGCUUAUCUAUGAACGUGCUUUCAUGAAGAAUCUGCGCGCCUCCCCGCUUAGCCAAACGCCACCCAACAAUAUCCCCAGCUGCCUAAUGCGUGGCACUCCCCGCACUCCUUUCCGCAAAUGUGUUCCCGUGCCCACGGAUCUGGUGAAGCAAACCUCUUCACUGAAAAUUGAAGAACAGGAACAAUUCCAGCUGGAACUGUAAAACAAUCAGCUCUAUUCCAAGCAGCUACUGCCAAAAUUACACUCAUCACACCUAACUAGUUAUAGAUACUGAUCCUCUUAGCCUAUAGAGCAACUCAUCAAAUUUCCCCACACAUACUUAGCUUUAAGUUUUUCUCUAGUGCUUCCCGUCCUUGAGGCGCUUGUUCAGUUUUUCAGUCAUAUUGACUGAGUCUAUUCGCUAUUUAUAUAAAUGUGUUUAGUACUUAAGC